GUUCAUCGCGAUAGUAUUCGCUCUUUUCACUUUUUCUUCCGUUCGUUUCGAUUGAUACGAGAAGUCUAAGAGGUGGCUGGCUGGCACAGCGGUCGUCGUGGCACGCGGUUCGUCGCUGUACGACCAAGUUUGUUUACGUUUUUUCGGUGACUCGAAAGAAGUUUGUGUGCGUCGUAGUGAACGCGGGAAAAGGGGCAGACGGUUGAGGUUACGGGACUGUCAACGAUCGAGUGAGUGAGGAAAGCACACUGGCGUGCAUCGGGAGUUUGUCCUGUGUCGCCUGCGUCUCGAUUGGAAGUUUCGAAUCUUCGCGAAAAGGGGAAUCGAAGUAGUGCGUAAAUUAAGAAGGAGAAAUCUGCGUUGCAGAAAAAGAAGGAGGCGAAUAGUGGGGACGUUUCAGAGGUGGUUUUGGAUGUUAGAAAGCGCGGGGGUGGCUAGAGAGGCCCCGCCGCAGGGUACGGGUCCCGAUGCCGGUCCCCGUAUCGCAAACCCUUACGCUGACCUCCACCCUCGUGCCCAAGGAGGAGUCAAACAUGCCCUUCAUAGACGACGAGCUACUCUGGUGCCCUGACAAUGACGGCAAAAUGGUCGAUUUGACGCAAUGUCUCCAGGAGAGCAGCACAGGGCAAUCGGUCGAAUUUUCCCCGAUGGAAUUGAGUGCCCUCGUGGGGACGCCCGCUGCUCCAAAUAUGCCGGCGGAAGAGGGCGAAGGAAUGGCUGGCGUCACAGGGGAGGAACCCUUUGACACGCUAGACACAUUCCUUCGAGAGCUGCAAGCUGAUUUGGCCGAAGCCAGUCAACCCACGUCUACCACGACUUCCGUAACCCCCUCCUGUAGACGGCAGAGGUACAAUAUCGCAGCCGCCAACCCUUUGUUAGCAGAAAAAUUAGCAGCUCCUUCGUCGCAAGCGUCUCCAACCUCCAUCCCCUACGCAACGAGGGCGGAAAUCAAGACGGAAAGUAUUCAGCCUGAGACGAGUAAAGUUGAUACCAGGGAGGUGCAGCAGCCGCACGAUGCGAACGAGAAGGAGCAACUUGGCCUGGCGAGCGUUAAAGCGGAGCCAGGAUCGACCGGUACGACGACGACCACCACGGGGACUCGGCUCUUGCACGGUAUUCUCUCGCAGCAUCCCCAGCAGCACGGUUUAGGGGUGCAAAACGGAUACGGCCGCCACUUGGCUGGCCAUACUCAGAUGGGCCAACCGCCCUAUACCACUGCCACAAUCGCCACCACCAGUACACCAGGAAGCGGAUCACUGCCAGCGAGCCCCGCGGACAGCGGAGUCAGCGACGUCGAGUCCAGCACGUCCUCGGGCGGUAACGAGGACGCGAAUCUCUUACUAAAAGCCAGGCUCAACCCUAACUCGUCCCUCCAGCCGAGCCUGGCGUCCCAUCACUCUCAUCUGUCGUCAGCAGCUCUCGGCAGGUCAGCCUGUCACAGUCCUGGCGUUUAUCCGUCGACGGCGGGCUUCCUACCGCCCUCCUAUCAUCCUCAUCAGCAUCAUCCCUCCCAGUACCAUCCGCACAGAGGGAGCUCGCCCCACCAUCAACACGGGAACCACGCGAUGGGCCCGACAAUGGGACCGCCCCACCAUCAUCACCACCAUCAAACGCAGAGUCUACAGCACUUGCAUUAUCGUCAGCCACCUACACUGUCCGAGAGCUAUAGCAGUUACGUAAAUUCAAUGUAUGCCAGUGGAAGCCAAUUUGCUACUCCGUGCACUCCUAGCCCACCACGAGGACCAGGUGGAGUACCGACGAGCGUGAUUCAAGCAGCCACUAGCUCGGUUUCCGACGAUCUGUACCUUCUGGAGCUAGGUUUCCCUCCACGAUCGAAAAAGAAUAAGCUGAAGAAGCCACGUCAAGGAGACGGUGCCGCGGUGAAGAGGAAAUCGCGCGAAGGCUCGACUACCUAUCUCUGGGAGUUUCUGUUGAAGCUGCUGCAGGAUCGAGAAUACUGCCCCCGUUACAUUAAAUGGACAAAUCGCGAACGAGGCGUGUUCAAGCUGGUGGACAGCAAGGCGGUGUCCCGUCUGUGGGGUUUGCACAAGAACAAGCCAGACAUGAACUACGAGACGAUGGGCCGAGCACUGCGUUAUUAUUACCAGCGUGGUAUCCUGGCGAAAGUCGAUGGACAGAGACUGGUUUACCAGUUCGUGGACGUGCCGAAAGAUAUCAUAGAGAUCGACUGUACCGGCGCGUGAGAUAGGGCUCGAGCCUCGAGGGA